AUGACAAGUGCGAUUCAAAGGAAAAGCACUUCAUUAUUAAAAAAGGCGAUAUUUUAUUCAAAUGAACUCGAAACUCACAGAACAUUUUUCAGCAGCAAUUUAACACAAGGUGGCAGUUCUAUUCCGCCCGGCCCAUCGACACAACAAGCAGCAACUGCUGGCGUGGUUCCAACUAGUUACAGUUAUUUCUCUGAUGUUAUUAAGUCGAUAGUUUCUAAAGUAGAGAAUCCGUUGACGUAUUUAAAUGUCGGGUCGACCAAAGCAAUUGAGCCAACGAAAGCUGAGACAAAAGCACAGGUUAUUCUCAAAGCAAAUGAGAAUCGAGUAUCACGAGCAGAAGUCACCAGCAAAACGCGAGCACUCGUCAAAAAGUUUCUAAUCGCCGAAACUGCUCUGUCGAAAUUGCAAAGAACUCGAGAGCUCAGCGAGCAUAUUAUGUGUUUCCCGCCCACUAGAAUUAUCGCAGCACAGGAGCCACGAUUGAUUUCUGAGCUUCUCCAUACAGUUUUGAACUCAUGUGAUGAACAAUUGAAAGAGGAAACCCGACAAUGCUUAACGUUGAUUGGUGUACAUCCUCCACCAAAAGGCCGUGGUGUAAAUCUCCUUACAAUCGAUGGCGGCGGCACUCGUGGAAUGAUGGGUUUGGCAGUACUUGAGCAAAUCGAGAAAAUGUCUGGAAAGAAGAUUUGUGAUUUAUUCGACAUGCUAUGUGGUGUAAGCACUGGUGGAAUCAUCGCUUCCUUGCUUACUGUCAAAAAGUACACAGUUAAAGAGUGCCGUGAAAUUUAUAUGGAUAUCUCUAAAAAACUAUUUUCACAAGGGAAAUUCCAAGGAAGCAUUGGUGUGAUUCUCAAUCAUUCGUAUUAUAACACCCAAAUGUGGGUCAAAAUUCUCAAAGAAAUUACCGGUGAAGACGUUACAAUGAUUAAUACGUCGCGAAAAAUGAAUACGCCUCGUUUGGCUGUUGUCGCCUCGAUUGUCAACCUCCAAACAAUCCAACCCUUCAUUUUUCGAAAUUACGAGCAUCCAGCUGGUCGAGACUCGUAUUAUCGCGGUGGGACCCAACACCAUUUAUGGACGGCUAUCCAAGCUUCGGCUGCGGCUCCAUUGUAUUUUAAGGAAGUCAUCGUUGACAAUUUCUUGUUACAAGAUGGAGGAGUGGUUGCCAAUAAUCCAACAUCAAUUGCCUACCAUGAAACAAAACUCAUGUGGCCCGAUGAGGAAAUCAAUUGUGUGGUAUCAGUUGGAAAUGGACGAUGUGUCUCCGCUAUCGAUCCUGUGUCAUCAAUGAAUUCGACAUCUUUCCAGGACAAACUAUCGAAAAUAAUUGAUGCGGCAACCGAUACCGAAGGGGUUCAUAUGAGUGUGAACGACAUGCUGCCCCAUAAUGUCUACUACAGAUUCAAUCCGUACAUGUCGUUUGCUUAUGGUCUCGACGAGAUUGACAAAGAUCGCCUUGAACAAAUGGCAAAUGAUGCAAUGCUUUAUGUUCGCCGAAAUUCGCUGAAGAUCGAGGCGGCUGCAGAACGACUUUGUCGGCAGCCGACGAGAAACCAACGAAUUAAACGAUGGAUUCGCGACAAACUCGACACCAAUGGAUUCUACAAGAUUCAAUAA